CCCUAAUUUUUCUUUUUGCCUCCCUCCUCGCGAAAUCACUCCUAAUUUCAAACUCUGUAAACCCUAGCGAAAAAUUACGCGCGCUCAGAUCUUGAAACUAUGGCGAUCGCAAGGACUGGAGUUUUCGUCGACGAUUACUUGGAGUACGCAAGCACAUUGCCAGCAGAGUUACAGAGGCUUCUCAACACCAUAAGAGAACUCGAUGAACGUUCUCAAUCCAUGAUAAAUCAAACAAGACAACAGACAAAAAACUGCUUGGACAUGGCUUCUCAAAACACCCACAAAAGCCUUCAUGAAGACACUGACAUGGCUUUUGAGAAGAUGAAGAAAGAAAUUGAAGCAAAUCAAGAUAAUGCUUUAAGCCUAUGUACUGAAAAGGUUCUUCUUGCAAGACAAGCUUAUGAUCUUAUAGACAGUCAUGUAAAACGUCUUGAUGAAGAUCUACACAACUUUGCUGAGGAUUUAAAACAAGAGGGAAAAUUACCAGCAGAUGAACCAGCAAUACUUCCUCCAUUACCUUUAGUUCCUAAAAUUGAGAAGAGAAAAUUACCAUAUAUUGUUCCUCAAUCUAAGAAGCUUGAUUAUAGAGAUAGGGAAUGGGAUCAUAGAGAUAGAGAUUUUGAGCUGAUGCCUCCGCCAGGUGGCUUCAAAAGGGAUUAUUCCACUGCCACUGCAACUGCCACCUCAUUGGAUAUUGAUCAACCAAUUGAUCCAAAUGAACCCACAUACUGUGUCUGUCAUCAGGUUUCCUUUGGUGAUAUGAUUGCAUGUGAUAAUGAAAAUUGUCAAGGUGGAGAGUGGUUUCAUUACUCGUGUGUUGGGUUGACUCCUGAGACAAGGUUCAAGGGGAAGUGGUAUUGUCCAACUUGCAGACAACUUCCUCUGUAAAUAAGUUGUUUUUAAAAAAGAAGAAGAUUGUUUGGAAGGAAAUUCUAGUUUUGGAACCCUUGAGGUUUAUAUAUUUAUGUUUGAUUUUUGAAUUAUGUUAUUUGUAUUAUCAAUAAAUCUCGUAUUUGGAUUUUUUGUUACAAAUG